GCAACACCUACUGGGACACUUGGGCAGAGAAGUCUUCUCGACCGCAGCAGAAGGGGCGCUUGCAUGGCAAGUGCAACGAGGCGGCUGCUUACUGCUGUCAUUCACCGCUUGUGUUGGCUGACAUGCUGGACACCGACAUGGUGAAGGUCUUUGAGAAUGCAACGAAUUCAGAUGUGUGGCAGUCUUUCCGCUGGUAUACGCCCCCUGCGCUGCCAAGGAAAGAUCCAGGGGUCGCGGCCAUCGAUCCAGCUGACGGCGGAUCCGUGCAGACUUAUGUGGGCCAAGGCUACAUGGCAGUUCUUUCCAACUGCAGCGAAGACCAUUCGCCACCGCCACCUGUAGCGAAGCUCCUAG